AUGUCUGCUAGGAAACAAAUGAGCAUCUCUUAUGAAAUGAUGCAGGGAUUCAAUUGUUCUCUGUUUGCCUAUGGGCAGACUGGAUCUGGAAAGUCAUAUUCCAUGGUUGGCUAUGGGAAAAAUAGAGGUAUUGUUCCCAUUACGUGUGAUGAACUCUUCAAUGCCAUGGCAAAAGGAAAGUCUGACAUUAAAUAUCAAAUUACAUUUUCCAUGUUGGAAAUUUACAAUGAACAAGUACGUGAUUUAUUACAAAAAGUCACUCCUAAAGGUGGCCUUCAAGUCCGACAGAAUCCUAAACUUGGCCUGUUCUAUGUACAAGAUUUGAGGAAAGUUGCUGUAGGUAGCUACAAAGAAAUUGAGAAAAGAAUUGCUGAAGGUAGUAAAACGGUGAUGAUUGCUGCUCUGUCACCCGCUGACAUAAAUUAUGAUGAAACGCUUGGUACGCUCCGAUAUGCUGAUAGAGCCAAGAAAAUCAAAAACAAAGCUGUGAUCAAUGAAAACCCUCUAGAUAAAUUGAUCCGUGAACUUCGAGAAGAAAAUGAAAAACUUAAGAAGGCACUUAGCAGUGGCAGUGCUCUUCCUACAGAGCAGGUUACUAUGUCGGGUUUGACAGCCGAAGAGCGUGAAGAGAUGAGAAAACAAAUGGAAGAGGAAAUACGAGCUCAGCUGAUGGCAAACAUGGAAGCUCUUGAAGAGUCAGGAUCAAGCUGGGAAGAAAAGGCCGCCAGGGACCAUGCUGAAUUUGAUGCGGAAAAUAAAGCCGUUGUAAUGACGGAGGCCAGGAAAAACAAAGAACCAUAUUUUAUGAAUUUGAAUGUAGACCCCCUGCUGAGUGGACUGGUUGUCCAUUUCUUGGGAGGCAGUCAAACUACCAUUGGUCGUAAGGAUGCUGAACCCACACCUACUGUUAUCUUAUCAGGGUUGAGAAUUGUGUUUAUUGCAGGUUCCAAUCAUAUGUAUAUUUUCAAGAAUCCUCUGAAACCAUGUAAAGAUCGUAAAUUAGCCGAGACUAUUGAUUGGGAGUUUGCACAGACAGAAAUCGCACAAGCCAAAGGUUUUGCUACUGGUGGUAUGGCUGGACUGAGUAAAGAUCAACAACGAGCUCAAGAACAAGUUUUAGAAAUCCUUCCAUUAGUAAGUGAAGCGAAUGCUAUCAGUGAAGAACUCAAUAAACACAAAGGGUUUGAGGUGGUACUUAUCAGUGCAGCCGCACAGGAAGGUGGCAAGGAAACAAAAGUUAUGGUUAAGAUGAAGAAUUUGUUAAAUGGAAACACUUGGCUGUGGGAACGAGGAAAGUUUAUGAACAGAAGAUACUUAAUGCAGGAUCUUUACCAAAGAUGGUUGGAUGGUGAUGAGGAUGUCAACAAAAUUCCCAAAGAGGAAGAUCCUUUCUGGGAACCUACAGAGGAUGUCAUGAUUGGUAGUUGUAAUGCCUUUUUACAAAGUUUAGGAUACGCUUUAGAUUUUGAUGAUGGGCUUGCGGUGACCGAUUACAAAGGCACAGAUGAAGGCACAAUGUAUAUAAAUAUUACUCCAUGCACACAGACUGGCAAACCUAUAGAUGAAGAUAUGUUUGUUGAUGAUCCUUUUGAGUUAUUAGGAAAACCUUUUCAUUUUAAGGUGAAUGUUAAAAGCUGUGAUGUGAACAAAGCCAGAUAUUCUAAGGGACUGUUUGUAAAGUAUCGUGUGCAUGACCAGGAUGACUACACCCAGACAAAGACCUUAUCCGGAUCUCUCUCGCCAGAGUGGAAUCAUUCUAAGGUCGUCUCAUUUCCAAGUAUGACAAAGGACCAUUUGGAAUAUUUUGAUUCCGGAUGCAUUACAUUCUUGCUCUAUGGUGUACAAGAGGAUACAAUGCCGGAUUCGAAUCUCAGCAAAAUGUCAACCAAAGAAAUUCGGGAGAUGGAAUCAAUACAGAGCAAAGCAAAUAAUAUGAAACUCAGGAGAAAAGAUACUCAGUUUGGACUUGAUACGCCUAGCGAUUUAACUCAAAUUAAGGCGGAGUACGUGCUUCUGCAGAAGAAGUUUGACAGACUUGAGAGAAAGGAAAGACGACUUCAGGAUAUAUGCAAAGAUUGGGAAAAUAAACCUGUGGAACAACAACAGUAUGAACCAUUUUUCAGAGCAGUGUCCGCGGUGGCAUAUAGUACUGGUACGAAACUCAAAACACGUGUUCAUCUUAUCAACCGGAUUUUACAGGGUCACAAAUCAGUUCAAGGUGGUGCCGCUGGGGUUGCCAGUGUGAAUGUAAUGCAGCAAACCAACAAUACAAAUGGUAAAACGAAAUCUCCCAAAGCAAACAAGAAACAAGACAAAGCUGAAAACAGCAAAACCUGUUUAGUCAUGUAACAUCUAUAUUCAUUUACAUUUUAAAGUAUUUUAUUAAAAAAAAACAAUAAUAUUAA